UCUGCUCCGCGUUAAUGCGGGCGAGGCGGCGGCCACGCUGCGAGCUUCAAAGGCUCCCGGGCCGCGCCGCCUGCACCGGCUGCGGGGGGAGGGGGUCCGGCUUCCUGGGCUGCCUCCCCCUGGGAAAAAGGCGUUUCAGGGUCCCUUUUCCGCGCCGUGCAAAGUGGCUUCAAACAUCCUCCAAGUCUCCAAAAGUCCUUGGGACGCCUCAGAAGUCUUCCAGCUCCCAUAGAAAUGCCCGUUUCAGCUUGCCACCCCCCCCCAACUAAGUCUGUCUUAAAAUCGGUUUCAACUACCCCACAAAAAAGUGCGGUUUCAUAGCCCUCAAAGUCAGUUUCACACGCCCUCCAAAAAAGAAAAAAACUUAGCGGGGGAGGGGCUGCGCUGGGGCGCCCGUUUCACACCCGGCCUCCAGUUGGCAGACAAAGAGGGGAUUUCUCCGCUUCUGAAGUUGGGUCUCCCUCCACCUCGGAGGCCCCUCUCCACCCUCAGCCUGUGAGGUGUCUCCCGGGCUGCCCCCGCCCCCACCCCCACCUGGGGACCUCUUGGGGAAAGUCGAAACCCGAGGGGACUGGAGUGGAUUUCUUUGGGACGAAGAUUUUUCUCAGCUCCUUUUUCCGGGGGCGGAAUGGGAACUGGCAGGUGGAUCCCUCAUCCCCCAUUGUGGUAUGGAGCCUCCUGGGACCACGCGGGGGCACCCUGGUCUUGGGACCCCCAUGUCCCCCCAUGUAGGGCAGAAGAGAGGAGAUGUCAAAGUUUUGCUUAAAAAUAAUUCCUGGGUACAUGGUGGCAGUAAAGCAACCUAGGGUUGUGUUUUUUUUCCCGUCUAAUACUACUGGGGUUUUCUGGGGGCAGGAGAUUCAAGGGUUGAGGGAAGCUUUGCCGGUCCCUGCAUAGGGCUCACCUCCCCCCUUUAAGUCGUGAAGUUUGUAAAAGGGCUUCGUGGUUUUCUGACUUGUGGGUUUCCUUCAUGUUGAAUUUAGGGGCAACCUGGUCUUCAACGUGCUGUGACAUCUGCUGGUGGGGGGGAAUCACCAUAUUUUCCGCGGGGUGGGGUAGGGUCGGGCUGUUCCUCCCCUUCCCGGAGGGGUGCCUGGGAGGAAGCCCGGGGCGGGGGGGGGGGGGUAGAUGGUUGGAAAUGAGACGUGGAGAAAGGAGAGGUGUUCUGGCCGCCCUGUUUGCAGUUUAAAAUUGGCAACUUGAUUCCCUGGUGGUCCCUGGGGGAGGCAGGGAGUUUAUAUGUGCACACCCUCCCCCCAUUUUUCAGACUCCCUGUGGCCUCUGGGGAGGGGUCUCAGGGACCCAGACUCUGGAAUUCCAGCUUCCCAGGGCCCGCCCAGAAGCCAGACCCCAGGGCAGGUGAGGAGCUUUUUAAGCGGCUUCCCAGCUCUGCGCUUUUGAUAUUCAGCUCUUCUUCUCUCGCUGUUUCUCCCUGUCCGUCUCUCCCACGUCCACCACGCAGGGAUUCCAGUCCUGAGGUGCCCACCCUGGCCCCAGGAGAAUGAACCAGCCGCAGAGAAUGGCGCCCGUGGGCACGGACAAGGAGCUCAGUGACCUCCUGGACUUCAGCAUGAUGUUCCCGCUGCCUGUCACCAACGGGAAGGGCCGGCCUGCCUCCCUGGCCGGCGCGCAGUUCGGAGCUUCAGGUCUUGAGGAUCGGCCCAGCUCAGGCUCCUGGGGCAGCGGCGACCAGAACAGCUCCUCCUUUGACCCCAGCCGGACCUUCAGCGAGGGCGCCCACUUCACCGACUCACACAGCAGCCUCUCUUCGUCCACAUUCCUGGGACCAGGACUCGGAGGCAAGAGCGGCGAGCGGGGUGCCUAUGCCUCCUUUGGGAGAGAUGCAGGCGUGGGCGGCCUGACUCAGGCUGGCUUCCUGCCGGGCGAGCUGGCCCUCAACAGCCCUGGGCCCCUGUCCCCAUCCGGCAUGAAGGGGACCUCCCAGUACUACCCCUCCUACUCCAGCAGCUCCCGGCGCAGAGCGGCGGACGGUGGCCUGGGUGAGCAAGACACACAGCCCAAGAAGGUCCGGAAGGUCCCGCCGGGUCUUCCAUCCUCGGUGUACCCACCCAGCUCAGGUGAGGACUACAGCAGGGACACCACCACCUAUCCGUCCGCCAAGACCCCCAGCAGCGCCUAUCCCGCCCCCUUCUACAUGGCAGAUGGCAGCCUGCACCCCUCAGCCGAGCUCUGGAGUCCCCCGGGCCAGGCAGGCUUCGGGCCCAUGCUGGGCGGGGGCUCAUCCCCCCUGCCCCUCCCACCCGGCAACGGCCCUGUGGCCAGUGGUGGAGGCAGCAGCACGUUUGGUGGCCUGCACCAGCAGGAGCGCAUGGGCUACCAGCUGCACGGGGCAGAGGUGAAUGGCGGGCUCCCGGCUGCAUCCACCUUCUCCGGAGCUGCGUAUGGCGGCGUCUCCAGCCACACGCCGCCUGUCACUGGGGCCGACAGCCUCCUGGGCUCCCGAGGGACCACAGCCGGCAGCUCUGGGGAUGCCCUCGGGAAGGCACUGGCCUCGAUCUACUCCCCGGAUCACUCAAGCAAUAACUUCUCAUCCAGCCCCUCCACCCCCGUGGGCUCCCCGCAGGGCCUGGCAGGGACGUCGCAGUGGCCCCGAGCAGGAGCCCCCGGUGCCUUAUCGCCCAGCUACGACGGGGGUCUCCACGGCCUGCAGAGUAAGAUAGAAGACCACCUGGACGAGGCCAUCCAUGUGCUCCGCAGCCACGCCGUGGGCACAGCUGGCGACGUGCACGCACUGCUACCUGGCCACGGGGCACUGGCCUCGGGCUUCGUCGGUCCCAUGCCGCUGGGCAGCCGGCACGCAGGCCUGGCCGGAGCCGGACACCCCGAGGACGGCCUUGCAGGCAGCGCCAGCCUCAUGCACAACCACGCGACCCUCCCCAGCCAGCCAGGCGCCCUCCCCGAGCUCUCCCGGCCUCCUGACUCGUACAGUGGGCUAGGGCGAGCAGGUGCCACAGCAGCUGCCGCCGGCGAAAUCAAGCGGGAGGAGAAGGAGGACGAGGAGAAUACCUUGGCAGCUGACCACUCGGAGGAGGAGAAGAAGGAGCUGAAGGCCCCCCGUGCCCGGACCAGCCCAGACGAGGACGAGGACGACCUUCUCCCCCCAGAGCAGAAGGCCGAGCGGGAGAAGGAGCGCCGGGUGGCCAAUAAUGCCCGGGAGCGGCUGCGGGUCCGUGACAUCAACGAGGCCUUUAAGGAGCUGGGGCGCAUGUGCCAGCUGCACCUCAACAGCGAGAAGCCCCAGACCAAACUGCUCAUCCUGCACCAGGCCGUCUCGGUCAUCCUGAACUUGGAGCAGCAAGUGCGAGAGCGGAACCUGAACCCCAAAGCUGCCUGUUUGAAACGGCGAGAAGAGGAGAAGGUGUCGGGUGUGGUCGGAGACCCCCAGAUGGUGCUUUCCACGGCCCACCCAGGCCUGAGUGAGACCCACAACCCCACCGGGCACAUGUGAAAGUAAACAAAACCUGAAAGCAAGCAACAAGACAUACACUUUGUCAGAAAAGAAAAAAUGCCUUAACUAUGAAAUGUGGAGAAACGGAAACAUAUCACUUGAGGGAGAUGCUGUGGAAACCUGGCUUACUCUUCAGAAGCCACCAGCAAAUUGUGCCUACGCGUACUAUUUUUUUUAAGGAAAAUAAAAACAUUAGUUACAAGAUUUUUUUUUUCUUAAUAGAGAUGAAAAUGAGCAAGGAUGCUGCGUUUGGUCUCUGGUUUUUUUUAAGCUUUUUUUUGCAUAUGUUUUGUAAGCAACACUUUUUUUGUAUAAAAGUUCCGUGUCUCGCUACUUCUGCUGCUGUUACUAGACUGAGCAUUGCAUUUCCUGGUCAACCCGAUGAUUAAACGUUGUAUUAAGAAGACCCCGUGACACCCUGAGCCCCCCAGCCCCUGCCCCUGAAGGCAGCACAAGCAGACGGAGUGGGGCAGGCGGCCGGGCUUCUGCCUGCUUCACGUUGGAGGUUCCCCUCUGGGACGCCUGGGCAUUCCCCAGUGAAGGCUUCUUGGGGCUGCCCUGCCCCACCCUCUCCCCUCAGGAAGGGGCAGAUCUGGGCCUAGGGGAAGGAACGUCGGCAAGGUGGCUCUGACCCUCCCAGGUGACUGCCAAGCAGCUCCGACCCCCGGGGCUGCCCUAAGCAACGUCCUCCCCAGGCCCCCAUAAGCUGCUCUCCCUUGGAACCUGCACACCUCUCUGAAAUGGGGCAUUUUGUUGAGACCAGCGACCCCUGGCACAGGGCGACACCCUGGAGCCCGGUGCUGGGGCCUCCCAGACCACCCCGUCCUCCGCUCCUUUGCCACAAAGACCCAAGCCCAUGCUCCGGACUUUGGCUGAGGGGAUGCAGGUUUGGGCCAGCACAGGACACCCCUACCCCAGCAUGUCCCUGUCACAGCGGAGGGCCAUUGUGGCAUGGACAGGAUGCAUCCUGGUGGCAUCCCCAACGCUGGGAAGCAUCCCUGGGCCGGGGCCACCCCUGCUACCCUCCCACUGUGGGACCCAAGGGCAGGAGCGGCUGGAGCGGGAGACAGUGCUGGUCCCUGAGCCCCACGAAGGCCCUGGGCUGUGUGUCUGACUGCCACAGAACCAGCCGGGCGGCCCAUCUGUGUCCUGGGCCCCAUGUCCCAGCACCCAGGCCUCUCUCCAGUCCCCUCUGCUGGCCUCUUGCCAUGAGGGUAACCAGCUCUUCCCAGCAGACUGCCCUGGGAUCUCCUCCAGCUCCACACAGACCACAGGGACGGUCACUGGCACCACGCAUGGGCCCAGCCUGCCCUUCCCCUCCCCACGUUGAGGCCUUGUGGAUCCCAGGCUGACUACCCACCCUAGCAGCAGUUCGGACAUCUCCCCAAGUGCCACCCCGAGACUCCCACCACCAUCCCCAAGAAACCCUGGGCUGCCUGCCUCCCCUCCCCAGACUGGCUGGGGAGCCUGGGCCCCAUGGCAGAUUCAAGGGGAACCCCAAGGCCCAGGAUCUGGCCCAGCCUAGGCCGGGUGGAGGGGAGGGGCUGUCCAGCAGCGUCUCCUUCCUCCGUGGCGUCCCCAGCCCUGGGGACGGGGUCUUUUAGGGAACCUGCCUCUUUCCCACUCUUGUUUUGCCUCUGGUCCCUGCCCCCAGGUCUGGGUGGGCAGCGCCCCGUAGCCUCUGGAACUGUGUGCUGCAUAGAAUUUAAAUGAGAUUCACCCAGCACGAGGAGGAAGAAAAGCAGCAGUUCAUGGGGGAAACCACAGUUAACGGGGCGGGGGGGGGGUGUGUGGUCUGAGUGCCUCAAGAUGGUUUUCAAAAAAUAAUGUUUUUUUUAAAGAAAAUAAUUUUAUACAUGUCUACACAGCUGGCUGGAUUAUUGGGACUUUUAAACGAUCCCCUUUGAAGUGGAUCCAGAGACCUGUCCUGUACAUAACAGCAUUGUAGCAAUAAACGUGAUGUUUUAUAACGAC